AUGAGUGAUAACAGUCACACAGAGGUCUUGGUUGCAGGCGCAAUAGCAGCUUUCACCAUUGACCUCCUCGUCUAUCCACUCGAUACGCUCAAAACCCGCUACCAAAGCCAGGACUACCUAGACACAUAUAAAAAGUCGGGCUCUUCCUCGGCAGCUAUCAAAAAUGUACCAAAAGGUACAUUCAGAGGUCUGUAUCAGGGCGUGGGCAGUGUCAUCAUAGCAACUUUGCCUGCAGCCGGCAUAUUCUUCACCACCUACGAAUCGGCAAAAACAGGCUUCUCAAAGGCGCUCCCCGAGGGUGCCCCGAGCCCGCUCGUCCAUGCACUUGCGUCUGGCAGCGCCGAGCUGGCCUCAUGCGCAGUUCUCACGCCUGCCGAAGUGAUUAAGCAGAACGCUCAAAUGAUACGCAGCGAUUCUGGAACCAGUGGUGGUAGCAGUACUAGUAGCAGCAGCAGUAGCAGCAAAAGCACGUCCCUCCAGGCGUUUCGAAUGCUACAGAGCUCCGAGGGCGGGGCUUGGCGCCGCCUGUGGACGGGCUACACUGCCCUGGCGGCUCGGAACCUUCCGUUCACGGCGAUGCAGUUCCCCAUGUUUGAGUACGUCAGGGGGGCGAUCUGGCGGCAGCGGGACGAUAGGCGCAGGUCGCGCAAGGAGGCCGGCGGCAUUGAGGAGGGCCAGGGCCUGCUGGAGACUGGGCUCGUCAACGGCUCUAGCGCGGCGCUGAGCGGGUCGGUUGCGGCAGUCUUGACGACGCCGACUGACGUUGUCAAGACGCGCAUGAUGCUGAUGACUGGGGACCAGAAAUCUAGUGGCAGCGGUAACAUCAGCAGUAGCAGCAGCAGUAGCAGCAGCAGUAACAACAGCGGUGGGCUCCGGAUAGCCAAGGACGUCUACCGGGAGCUUGGAGUACGUGGGCUGUUUCGCGGCGGUUUAUUCCGAGCCGGGUGGACGGCACUUGGUAGCGGGUUGUACUUGGGAACGUACGAGGUUGCAAAGGUCUGGCUAAAAGGCGGCAAAGGUGCAGACAAGGAUGAGGGCGGUAUAUAA